CAUUCUGUCCAAUCUGUCUCCAGGGCCAUCGCCCAGAUAGUCAAGACGUUUUCCAAUCUCCUAAACUCUGUUCAUCACCCAUUUGCAGGCCGACGCACCGCACCUUCUGGGGCAGCAUCGGACCUGGACUAUCGCAAAUAAAUUAGUCCCGGUCUUUCGAUCCUAAACCAACUGAUUCAUGAACGAACAACAGAGACACCGCACCAUGGCGGAUGAGAAGCAAGACAUCCAGACGGUGGACGCCAAUGUCCAUCGCAGUGACUCGGUCACCGCAAUGGACAAGGUCCUCGUCAAUGCCAAAGCUGCCACCGAAAAAGAACAGAACAUGUCCUUGUGGCAAGGCCUCAAGCUCUACCCUAAGGCUGUUGGCUGGUCCGUCCUCAUCUCCACCUGCAUCGUCAUGGAGGGUUACGACAAGUGCCUGCUUUCCAAUUUCUACGGCUUCCCCAAGUUCAAGGAAAAGUACGGCGACUUGCAGCCCGAUGGCACCUAUGAGCUCUCCGCUGCGUGGCAGUCCGGCCUGAGCAAUGGUGCUGGUGUCGGUGAGAUCCUUGGUCUCUUCAUCAACGGAUGGGCCAGUGAGAAGUUUGGCUACAGGUACACCGUCAUGACGUGCCUUACCCUCAUCAUCGCUUGGACCGCCAUCUUCUUCACUGCGCAGAACACCACCCACCUGUUGGUUGCGGAGAUUCUGUGCGGUAUUCCGUGGGGUGUCUUCCAGACACUCACCAUCACCUAUGCUUCUGAGGUUUGCCCCAUCGCGCUCCGUGGUUACCUAACUACCUAUGUCAACUUCUGCUGGGGUCUUGGACAAGUCAUCGGAAUUGGCGUUAUCAAAUCUAUGCUUGGUCGUGACGACGAAUGGUCUUACCGAAUUCCCUAUGCUCUCCAGUGGAUGUGGCCAGUACCUCUCCUCGUCGGAAUCUACAUGGCACCAGAGUCUCCCUGGUGGCUUGUGAGAAAAGGUCGCAUUGGUGACGCCAAGCAGGCCCUUCUCCGUCUUACCAGUCUUAACAAGGAGACUGAUUUCAACGCCGAUGAGACCGUUGCCAUGAUGGCCCAUACCACGGCCCUCGAGGAGAAGAUCACCCACGGAGCCAGCUAUCUCGACUGCUUCAGGGGCACUGAUCUCCGCCGUACUGAGAUCGUGUGCAUGGCCUGGGCAAUCCAGAACCUUUCUGGAAAUUCCUUCUCCGGCUACUCUAGUUACUUCCUCCAACAGGCUGGUCUCGAUCCUGCCACUGCUUACGACUUCGCCCUGGGACAGUAUGGUAUCAACAUGGCUGGUGUCUUCGGCGCCUGGUUCUUGAUGAGUCAAUUCAACCUCGGUCGACGUACACUGUACUUGGGUGGAUUGUGCGGUCUAUUCUGCAUGCUUAUGAUCAUGGGUUUCCUCGGGCUCAUCCCCGAGUCAAACCGCCAACAGGGUGCACUCGCGACUGGCGCCAUCAUGAUCGUCUGGGCCAUGUUCUACCAGCUUACUGUCGGAACCGUCUGCUACUCGCUCGUCGCAGAACUGUCCACCCGUCGUCUGCAGAUCAAGACAAUCGUCCUAGGUCGCAACUUGUACAACAUUGUCAGCAUCAUUUGCUCCGUCCUCACUCCCUACAUGCUCAACCCCACUAUGUGGAACUGGCAGAACUUCGCUGGCUUCUUCUGGGGUGGCAGCUGCUUCCUCUGCAUCAUUUACACCUAUUUCAGGCUUCCCGAGCCCAAGGGCCGUAGUUUCGCUGAGCUUGACUUGCUCUUCGAGAAGAAGGUGCCGGCCAGGAAGUUCGCAACCACCAAUGUUGACGUCUUCCACGAGGCCAACCACGUGGAGGAUACCGAGACUUUCCACAAGUACGAGGAGAAGGUCGGUGCUGAGAGGGGCGUUUAGGCUUCAACCCCUGUGCGCGGGAGUUAGGGUAAAUCACGUUGAUUCAUGC